AUGGCCGAUGAAGAUAGAUUGCUACCAAUAGCCAAUGUAGGGAGACUUAUGAAGCAGAUCCUACCAUCAAAUGCAAAGAUCUCAAAAGAAGCAAAACAAACAGUUCAAGAGUGUGCAACAGAGUUCAUCAGCUUUGUUACCUGCGAAGCCUCAGACAAGUGCCACAGGGAGAAUCGAAAGACGGUGAAUGGAGACGACAUCUGGUGGGCUCUAAGUACUCUAGGCCUCGAUAACUAUGCUGACGCCGUGGGGAGGUAUCUUCACAAGUACCGUGAGGCCGAGCGAGAAAGAGCUGAAAACAACAAAAGCAGCAACGAUAGUGGAAAUGAGAGAGAACUAAACAUCACAAGUGGUUAUAGUAGAGUUUUGGAGAAAGGAAGCAGCUCUUCGGCUCGUUGAGAU